AUGGCAUUAUCGUCUUCGGCCUUUUGCCGUCUCCUGUCCUUGCUGACACUAGUAGCGACGACGGCUGCUGCAGUUGACCGCAACGCAACCUGCUACUUUGUCAACGGCCAGAUCGCGGACCAGGACGUGCCCUGCAACCUCUCCGCGGAUGUCAGCAUCUGCUGCAAUAAAAACGACAUCUGUCUCUCCAACGGUCUCUGCUAUCUGCAGUAUAGCAGCUCUCCCUCCUUCUCGAGGGGCAGUUGUACCGACCAAGACUGGUCUGGGGAUUGUGCGAACGCUAAGCCAUGUGCGCGAUGGAGCACGGGAAAUGGCUAUAGGGUUGUGAAUGCAAUUGGCAACCAAUACUGCUGCGGAAGUGUUGUGAACAUCACAGAGUCGACGAUUGAAUGCGAAAAUGAUCGGACAUUUCAGGUCGCCAAGGGAACCGUGCUUCCCGGUGUCGCGGCGCUCGCUGAUUACUCGACCAGCACGUCAACGUCGACGUCGACAUCUACCAGUGGUAAUAGCGGCAAUGAUACCAGCGCAGCUUCAGAAGGAGAAUCAGAUGAUAACGAUCAGUCAAAGCGACUGGCGAUCGGACUUGGACUGGGGAUUCCUCUUGGCUUGAUUGCUGGCUCGGCGUUGAUCUGGGCAGGAUGGGAGAGGAGGCAACGGGCUGCGUUCGCCAAAGAGCUCGAACAGUUCAAAGCAAAUGCCGCUGCUGGCAUGGGAAUGGCCGUGGCCCCCAAUCCAUAUGGGUAUGGCUAUGCCCCAUCAGCUCGAGCGCCGGUUGAACUGAGCCAUCCUUCUGCCCCUUCGGAACUAGAUUCUUCAAAAGGAAAUGGGGCAUCAACGACAAAUUAG